AUGAAAGAUGGCGACCCCCGCCGACACGAACGGACAGGCAGACAGGGAGCAAUAAUACACCGGCCACAACAGCUACCUGGAAGAAAUCUCCAAGGAAAAAGGCGGCCCGGCUCCGGGGCGGAAGAUGCCGCACGGGGUCCAAGCUGCCCACCUAAACGGGUAAAGGCAACAAAUACAGCCCGCCCGACGACUUACCCCAGAAGGAGGAGCACCAAAAGGGACCAACAUGGGCGGCUCACGCGGGCCCUGGCAGGGCCAGGUGCCGGACGGAUCCACCAGGCCGUGACCUCGACCACGGGAGAGGUGUGUGCCCGGGCAUAUGGGUCAGGGGUCCCCGGAAAGCCUAGUCCCUGGCGCUGUGAGCCCGGUGGGGCAGGAUUGUGCCGCCCCCUCGACGGACCGGUGGUCGUGGGGGGCGGUCACCGGCUCCAAGCAUGCGGCCAGCGUCGGGUGAGAUGCAGGAACACACUCCUCAAGGGACCCAAGCGGGGCCGGGGAGGUGCAGGGAGUGGACGGCCGGAGGACUUUUGUGGUGGGGCCCAACAGACAGUUUAA